AUGACACACCAAACUCAUGCUUACCACAUAGUAAACCCAAGCCCUUGACCUCUUACGGGAGCCUUAUCCGCCCUAUUGAUAACAUCCGGUUUAAUUAUAUGAUUCCACUUCAACUCAACAGCCCUACUAAUGCUUGGCUUGACAACUAAUAUACUUACAAUAUAUCAAUGAUGACGAGAUAUUAUCCGAGAAAGUACUUUCCAAGGACACCAUACCCCAGCCGUUCAAAAAGGCCUCCGCUAUGGAAUGAUUCUCUUCAUUAUUUCUGAAGUCCUAUUCUUCACCGGAUUCUUCUGAGCAUUCUACCACUCAAGUCUUGCCCCCACACCCGAACUGGGCGGUUGCUGACCCCCAACAGGCAUUAAUCCGCUCAACCCCCUGGAAGUUCCACUACUCAACACCUCCGUCCUACUAGCUUCAGGGGUCUCUAUCACCUGAGCCCACCAUAGCCUAAUAGAAGGGAACCGAAACCAUAUGCUACAAGCCCUAUUUAUUACCAUUACGCUAGGGGUGUAUUUCACACUACUACAGGCCUCAGAAUACUAUGAAGCACCCUUCACUAUUUCAGACGGAGUGUACGGCUCAACUUUCUUCGUAGCCACAGGCUUCCACGGUCUUCAUGUAAUUAUUGGGUCUACCUUCCUAAUUGUCUGCUUCUUCCGCCAACUAAAAUUCCAUUUCACCUCUAACCACCAUUUCGGCUUUGAAGCCGCUGCCUGAUAUUGACACUUUGUAGACGUAGUCUGACUUUUCCUCUAUGUAUCAAUCUAUUGAUGAGGCUCAU